AGGGAUCCGGGUCGGGUCCUCAGUGCAUCGUUCAGGUCUUGAUUCCCACCAACCUCGGGUUUUGAGUGGACCGGAUCCGGCUCCCCUUCCCUUGUGCCUCGACUGCGGACAUCAACCGCGUUUCCGCAUCCAAGACUCCAGUUCGACGGGGACGGGACUGCGCCCCGGAUCAGCGGCCAGAGUAACAUUCGGUGCGGGUAGCCAGAGAGAGAUAUAUGGCUUCAGCAACAGGACAGCCUCCGAAUGCCUUGGAGGACCGGAGAGCCACCGUCAUCGGCUCGGUAGUUUUUUGUCUGGCGUGGGCUACCGCCAUGGUUGGCCUGCGGCUGUGGACCCGCGGCGUCGUCAUCAAGCAGCUUGGGAUGGACGACUGUUUGUGUCUUGCUGCCCUACUUGUCACGUACGGCUCGGGCAUCGCCAUCGUCCACAUGACCAAAUAUGGCCUGGGCAGGCACAUCUAUGUCAUGGAUCUGGAGCACAUCCCGCUGUAUCUGAAGGACUUCUACGUCUCCAUUGUCAUGUACUGCGCGGCGUUGCUCUUCAUCAAGAUGGCCUUCCUUUUCCAGUACUACCGCGUACUGGCAGUGCAGAGGAUGCGCAACGUCUACCUCUCCUGCAUGGUCAUUGUCGGCGGCUGGGCGCUGUCGCAGGUCUUGGUGGGAAUUUUUACCUGCCAUCCUGUCUCGGGCUUUUGGGACUCGAGCCUCAAGGCCACCUGCAUCCCCAACAUCCCGCAGUGGUACAUCAACGCGGCCGGCAACAUCAUCACCGACGUCGUCGUCUUUGCCCUGCCGAUGCCGGCCCUCUGGUCGCUGCAACUGGCCCGGUCGUCCAAGGUUAUCCUGCUGGGCAUCUUUAGCCUGGGCUUUUUCACAGUCAUCAUCUCCAUCAUCCGUAUCCGCUAUCUCAAGCUCUUCGAGGACUUUCCUUGGGAGAACGUCGAUUCGUCCCUCUGGUCCGUCGGCGAGCUCACCUCGGCCAUCACCUGCGCCUGUUUGCCCACCAUGCGCCCGCUCAUGAGCCGCUACUUCCCGGGCCUGCUGUCGUCGGUCGGCCGCACCAACAGGGGGUAUGCCAACGCAAGCGCCUCGGCGGCGGCUGGUAUGAGCGGGCGCCGGACAGCGGGGGCACCAACGGCCCUGGAGUCCGGAUUCGUUGGAGGGCGGGCUACCCGGUCCGGUUCCAAAGGGGCGGCCGAUGACGGGUCCGCGUCCAUGACCGGGAGCGAGGUCGAGCUUGCCCAGACGGCGUCCGGCGGUUUGAGAAGUAACCCAUUUGAGGUGCAUGUCGUGCACGAGGUAAAGAUGGGGGUCGAGAGGGGGCGCGCCAGCAGCCCCGCUGGGUUUGGUGUCAGGGGGUAUAUUUCGCCUGGUAGCCGGAACUUGUGAGGUGGCGGAUGGGACGUACUCUGAAGGGGUGAUUCAAUGGGUUUGUAACCUUCUUUUCGUGUCCGUGAUACCUACCAGUAAUGACUCUGCAAUGACCCUAACUAUUUCUAUAGCACGCAUCUACUUCUAUAUUCUAUGCACCAUCACUUCGUCUUUCUAUCUUCCACCUCGGCCAAAAUGGCAGAUGCAGCCACCGUAGCACCCGGCGUCCUAGCACACAAGGCCGCAAGUUCCCGGACUCUGCUCCUCAUCGACUCUGCCCGAGGCCCCAGCACGACGUCAAUGAGGAUAGGCGCAAGUUCAUACGCUGUGCACAGCGGCAUGGUUUUCUUGUUGCCCCAGCGGCCGAUGCGCAGCACCUCGGCCCUGCUUGCAAAGUCGUAGCAAUCCAGCCAACUGGGAAGCACAAUCUGGGGAACGCCGCAACUGUCUCACGU